AUGGCGCCACUGCAUUGGAGCCUUGUUCACCAUAGUAUCAUCAGUUACGUGCGUCAGUUGUCGAAGCCUGUUGCUGCGACCAUCAAAUCAUCGGUUAUCGAGCACCCGGUUCUUCGAGGGAUUAUAGUGCGGGCAGCUCAGAGCUUCCACCGAUUAGAUCUGCGCAUUCGGUUGCGAUGGCAGGGUGCCAAAGCUACGAAUAUCAAGCCCUUAUCAGAGGCCAAGGCUCUGCAGACUGGCGCUGAUGUGUUCUCAGAGCUUUUCGUCUACGGCAUCGCAUCGACUGUGCUGUUGUACGAAUACAAACGCAGCAGCGAGAAGGAGGCGAACAAAGAUAGGCAACUGGCUGAAGCGCUCAACGAGAUUGCCGAGAGAGUGGAACAAUUACAUCUUGAACUCGACAUCAUCAAAUGGGAGCGGGCGGUCGCACAUGGAAAGAAACAGUCAGAUGACGAGAAGCCCGAUGAACAGACAUACGGAGCUCGACCUACACUCGACGAAGAGAUGACCCUCCCGCGUAUAGAGGAAGAGGAAGGAGGCUGGCUGAACUGGCUGCCAUUUGUGGGAAGCAAAGCGACGGUGAAACAAGAAGGCGGUCCCACAUCCAAAAGCACAUCUGCACCGAGUGAAUCCGAAGCAGUCCGGGAUACUCCAUCGUUCAAUCCCAGUUUCAUUCCAGUGUUCACCCCAGCAGAGGCACGGGCGCGUGCCGAGGCAGCGAAAGCUGCCAAGGAGGGAUCAAGCAGUACAAAUAAACCGAAUGAACAGAUCGCACAGGUACAAUCCAUACUGAAAAGGCCCACACAGCGGUUUGUCGCAGCGUCGACUACGGCUGUGGGUGCGAACGGCGAAGAGAUACCGCGAACACAUGCGCCGCUAAAGACGACGAAUUUGGUGGCGGAAAGUCUGGCUAAGAAGAGUAGAGAAUUGAAAGGUGAAUGAAGGGCUCGUUCAGACCUGUUUUAAUGUUUCCUAGUUGGAGCAAUGACAUGAUUAGUAGCGAGCCAAGCGAUGCCGUAGCAUCUACAAAUGGCUAUAUGUAUUUUACCAAAGUGCCGCGCAAACGGCUCUAUAUACACACAAAGCAUGCAUGCACCACGGACAGGCACGCCUACUUAUGUAUAUAGGCAUGUCCGCGAAUGCAAAUCAACCAUUUAGAAGAAACGAUCCUGCGCCGCGCCUAGGUUAACAGCCAGUUCUACGACCGAUAGAAAUCAAUGCAUAUCUGAGGCAUCGGGUGCCUUCCAUCUUGAACUCGUCGAUACGUGUUGGUCGUAUCGAUUGUCGCCUUCAGGAAUAGCCAGCUGGUCCAGGUAACUGUUCCGACGAUAGGCAAUCUCUGUAUCAGUUUAAGACGAGCAGGCGACGGAUCGACCAGCUAGUUUGGGGUAUAUCUCACUCGUGUCCUGGUUAGAAUGGUCUGUAUCUGUAGAUGCACGAGACCACACAAUUGACGAACUAUAAAUUAGCAAUCCAAUCUAUGUCACAGAAACUUUUAACAAUGUGGCAGAGCACCGCAGCUGACAUCAAGUAGCUGCGGGCUGUAACAAGCAUCCCUUAUCAGCAAUUUCAGCACUUCCAGAUUGACGUAGGCAUUGGUUUGUGUCAAUUUUAAGUGUCCUG